AUGUUUUGGAAUGCACCGCACUCCCACGCCUGCCUCGCCUACCUGCUGGAGCAGGGUGCCCUGCCCAAUGUGUACUGUGCCCCCCUCACUCUCACCCUGCUCCCCUACGACCCUGAGAUUGAGUCUCAUGCUCUACCGACUGAGCAAGCUGGGCUUGGUCUGACGGUCCUCCACGUGGCUGCCCUCCAUGGUCGCCUGGACUGCCUGAGGCUGCUGAUGGAGUCCCGGGCCGCCGACGUGAACGCCUGCUGCUCCCGCGGACGGAGGCCCCUCCACAUGGUGGUCAGCGCUCAGAGCCGACCGCACUCCCACGCCUGCCUCGCCUACCUGCUGGAGCAGGGUGCCCUGCCCAACGUUUCCACUGAGGAGGGGCUCACUCCCCUGCACCUGGCCGUCACUGAGGGUCUGCUGGACUGCACCAAGACGCUUGUCCAGGUGGGGGCGGACAUGAAUGCUCAGGACAGCAGGAGCCACACCCCCCUGGACCUCGCCCGAAUCUGGGGGCACAGGGUGAUCGCCAGGUUCCUUCAGGAUGCCAUGUGGCAGGAGGAGAAACGGAGACAGAUAGAGAGAUGCAGGGCCCUCCUGAAGCUUAAACAGACACUGGUCAUGACACACACACAGCUACAGGAAGAAGCAAAGGCUUCCAGAGAGAGCGUCAGUGAGCGGAGGGUGAAGGAGUGGGCAGAGGUGAAGGGUUUACCUCUCCUGCAGCCGGUCCCUAAAAACACGCUGUGCCAAGUGGCCCCACACCGCCUCUCCCCCGAAAGGAAGGACGCGACCCAGAAGCGCCGGACAGUCCGGCGGGGCAGGGGCUGCGAGCCGGUCCCGGAAGCUCUGCGAGAGAUGUGGAACAUCAGCCCGAAUCCACGAAAGCCCCCGUGUGGCACCAUCAGUGGGCCGCAGGGGGUACGCAUGAGCACCCGGCCCGAGGAGACCCCCCCGGAGCCUGACCUGAGGGACAGCGUGACGCUUUGCAAGGGGACUGACGGCCAGGCCCAGUACGCCACCAGCUCAGACGGAGCCUCGUACCUGCUACCGUCUUUACCCUGGGACAUGGUGCAGAGAAUUCUCUUCCCCAAUGCUGGCUCCUCCCGCCUCGUCUCGCCCCUCGACUUCCACCCCACCCACCUGCUGGACCUGCCACACCUGCGGUCACCCUGCCCCCACACCUCCCCCUGGACAGAAGUGGCCAUGCACCUUGCGGAGACACUUGAACCUGGCCACUACUAG